AUGCCAUCCAAUAAAUCUUUCCCAGCGAUUCUUCACAUUCGCGAUUUCAUCGAGCAUGUCGAACCAGAUCCAACGCGCCCUGCUAAAGGACUUUCCAUGCAGCUGCGUGUUUCACUCAAUAUACCAGACAAAGAUGUACAAUCAGACGAUGUUGAACAGCAUGACAUCCCCACCCUGAUUCGAUUUUUCAAUGAAGGGAACCGGCCUGGCCUAUACCAACCAAACGCUUUUGUCUAUGCCUGGGGGUCUUUCCUCACCAACUCCUCUGACAGCACCCAGGCGAUCAAGAAGAUACCGAUUCAUAUUUCAUGCACUGCCCCGAAGCGGCUCAGCCUGUCGUCACCGUUCUCGGAACGGUUCUUGAACGAGGGGGUUCAGCUAAACGGUGGUUCAACGCUAUUACACUAUCGUCUCCAAUCUACAGUCUACAACAGUUCGUCUCGGACCCAUCACACAUUCCCCCUGACCGCAUACUUCAAGAACGGACAACGUUGGGCGAACCUUCCACCACUAAACGUAAACACCAGCAUUUUUCUGACUGGGCGUAUUUUCGGCUCCACCAAAGAAAAUCACCAAUUAGCUGUGAUUACGGACGAUAUACAUUUCCUUCCAACCCUGUCACAAUCUCUUACCCCCACCCCAUCUCCAACAAUUGGUAAACGCAAACGCCAGGACCGCUGGGCCCAAAGGGCUAACCCUCGCUCUCCAUUCAUGUCAGUGGCCUUGUUGCAAGAUGACUCGACCCCAAUCAUGCAAUUAUCAUACAACUCCACUGAAACCACUACUCUGAAUGACGACGACGAAGAAACCUGA